CGAAUCGUAUCUUAUCACACUUCAUUUCAUCCUCCAAAUGAAUUGAGAGCUUUUGAUUUACUAACUAUUUUCAUCUCAAUCUACAUUGAGAUUUGAGACUACACAAUUUGUGAAGUUAAAGGACCACUUCAGCUGGUAAGUUUCUGUGUGCAGAUCACAAAGUUGACAAGUUAAAAAUGGGGGAAGGCGUUAUUGUGAAGGCGGACAAGACGGAGUUCACAGAAUGCUGGAACAUGGCUUGGAAGACUCCUUACAUACUCAGGCUUGCACUGUCCGCGGGCAUCGGAGGAUUUCUGUUUGGUUAUGAUACAGGUGUUAUUUCUGGCGCCCUGCUUUAUAUUCGGGAUGAUUUCGAAGCUGUUGCUAAGAGUACAAAGUUACAGGAAACAAUUGUGAGUAUGGCAGUGGCAGGAGCAAUUGUUGGGGCUGCAGUGGGAGGAUAUAUGAAUGAUGCAUUUGGGAGAAAAAUGUCAAUUCUGAUAGCAGAUGUGCUCUUCUUCUUCGGAGCCCUUGUUCAGGCUGCGGCUCCUUCUCCCGGAGUCAUAAUUCUGGGAAGAAUACUUGUCGGUUUGGGAGUUGGAAUGGCAUCCAUGACAUCUCCUCUUUACAUUUCUGAAGCUUCACCCGCCAGGAUUCGAGGUGCUCUCGUCAGUACCAAUGGUUUGCUCAUUACAAGCGGCCAAUUUCUGUCUUACCUAAUCAAUCUCGCCUUCACCAAGGCCCCCGGAACAUGGCGUUGGAUGAUUGGGAUCGCUUGUAUUCCCCCUCUAGUUCAGUUCUUCCUGAUGUUAUCGCUCCCCGAGUCUCCAAGAUGGCUCUACAGAAAGAAUAAGGUUGAUGAAGCGAGGCAAAUUUUGGAGAAAAUAUACGAUGCUGAUGAAGUUGAAAAGGAGAUGAAAGCUUUAUCUUCGUCCGUGGAAGCUGAAAAAGCCGCUGAAGCUGAUAUUGGGACUGGCGUGAUAGCUAAAUUAAAGAGUGCAUUUGGAAACAAAGUAGUCCGCCGGGGUUUGUAUGCAGGCAUCACGGUUCAAGUUGCUCAGCAAUUUGUGGGUAUCAACACUGUCAUGUACUAUGCUCCCACCAUAGUACAGUUUGCUGGAUUUGCCUCAAAUUCGGUUGCCUUGGCCCUCUCGCUCGUUACUUCUGGCCUCAACGCGCUAGGCACGCUCAUUAGCAUGGCUUUUGUCGACAGAUACGGAAGGAGAAGGUUGAUGAUCAUUUCCAUGAUUGGAAUAAUUACUUUCCUUGUAGCCUUAUCUAUUGUGUUUAUGCAAGCUUCACUACAUGCUCCCAUGAUUAGUUCAAUCGAGUCUGCACAUUUUGGUGCAAACUCUACCUGUUCUAAAUACGCAACAGCCGCUAAUCCAUCGAAAUGGAGUUGCAUGUCUUGCUUAAAAGCCGACUGCGGAUUCUGUUCAAAUCCUUCCAGCACAUAUCUCCCCGGAGCAUGCUUGGAAGCAAGCAAGGCCUUAAAGGGUGAAUGUGGGGCGGAGAAGAGAGUGUUUUUCGAGCAGGGUUGCCCAAGUAAGUUCGGAUUUCUUGCAGUGAUACUGCUCGGUAUAUACAUCAUAAUGUACGCGCCUGGAAUGGGAACCGUACCAUGGAUUGUCAACUCAGAGAUAUACCCUCUAAGGUAUAGAGGGUUGGGCGGAGGCAUUGCUGCAGUAGCCAAUUGGUCAUCCAAUCUCUUAGUCAGCUCAACAUACUUAACUCUCACGGAGAAUCUCGGAGCUGGUGGCACAUUUUUCGUGUUUGCCGCAGUUUCUUGCGUCAGUCUGUGUUUCAUUUACUGGUUCGUACCAGAAACCAAAGGCCUGCAGUUUGAGCAAGUUGAGAAGAUCCUGGAGGAUGGCUACAAACCGAGCUUGUGCGGCGGACGAAAGAAAGACAAGGAUGUUGAUACAGCAUAAUCAAGUUUCAACACUUAAUGAAUUCAAUUCUCAAUAAUAUGUUAGAACUGCCUUGUUUGUACUCGUCAACAUAUAUAAAAUGUGCCUAGUUUUCUGCUUGA